ACCAAACUACUCGUACUCGUAGCUUUCUUUCUCUUUCACGACUCAAUCAGACAGAAGUCACCCUUGUCUUUCUCUCCUUCCAAGAACCUUCCGCUCUCUCUCCGUCUUCAGGCUCUUCUCAUCCUCUUCCCGUACUCGAUUUUCUCUCGCUUCCAUUUCCUUCCUCUCCCCUAAUUGUACUCCUCCAUUUCCCUCCCCCACCACCAUGGGAUGGGGCUGCCCUCUUUCUUGCAGAAACAACCCCCACCGUAACAAUUAACAACCCCCCAUCCACCCUGACCCGCCCAAUAAACAAUUAUACCAGUUGCUAAAACACGAACCCCGCCCCCUCCCCUUCUUUCGUCCCAAGCUUUUCUUUUGCUAGAAAAAUUUUAGUACUGCUACUUUCUAGUCCCAGAUUUUAUUUUGUAUUUUUCUCUGGGUUUUCCUUUUUUUCUUUUUAGGGGGUUCGUUUAUAGAAAUUCCAUUUCAUUUUUGUCAUCAAUCAAUAACCUAGACAUCUAUAUCUUCAACGAAAGACAACCCAAAACAAACACGGGUGAGGGAAUUUAUUCCGGACCAAUUGAAAACUGGGGGUGGGGGGGCAGUAUCCGUCCGUCCGUCCGUCCGUUUGUUUAUUGAUACAGUGCUAGUUUUUCCUUCUUUUUUUUUUGGGGUGGAGAUUUUUUGGAAGGUGGUUUAGAUAAUCCGUCGGUCGGUCGGUCAAAUCAAUCCAAACACCCCUAGAGGAGAGCUAAUCAUGCGACCGAUUCAACCAUCGCCGCCAGCCGCCUCCUCCGCGGCUACCCCUCCCUCUUCCUCCUCCUCCUCCUCCCCCGCAUCAAAUCGCAACCGCUCGCGGCGGCGCCCCGACCUUACUCUUCCGCUUCCCCAGCGAGACCCCAAGUUAGCUGUCCCCCUUCCCCUCCCGCCCACCUCCGCCCCAUCCUCCUCCUCCACCUCCUCCUCCUGUUUUUCCCCUCCCCUAAACUUCUCCCAGCUGGAGAGGAUCAAUCGCAUCGGCAGCGGCAGCGGCGGCACCGUCUACAAAGUCCUCCACCGUCCCACCAGCAAACUCUACGCCCUCAAGGUCAUCUAUGGCUACCUCGAUGACUCUGUCCGCCUCCAGAUCUGCCGCGAGAUCGAGAUCCUCCGCGACGUCGACAACCCCAACGUGGUUAGAUGCCACGACAUGAACGACCUCAACGGUGAAAUCCAAGUCCUCCUCGAGUACAUGGACAAGGGCUCCCUCGAGGGGAUCCACAUCCCCCACGAGCCCUCCCUUUCCGAUCUCACUCGCCAGAUUCUCUCCGGCUUGUACUAUCUCCACAAGCGUAAGAUCGUUCACCGGGAUAUUAAACCCUCCAACCUCCUCAUCAACUCCAAGAGGACCGUUAAAAUCGCCGACUUCGGCGUCUCCAGAAUCCUAGCCCAGACUAUGGAUCCCUGCAAUUCCUCCGUCGGCACUAUUGCUUACAUGAGUCCCGAGAGAAUCAACACCGAUCUGAAUCAUGGCAAGUACGACGGCUAUGCGGGUGACAUAUGGAGCUUGGGCGUCAGCAUACUGGAAUUCUAUUUGGGAAGGUUUCCGUUUGCGGUCGGCAGGCAAGGUGAUUGGGCCACCCUCAUGUGCGCCAUUUGUAUGUCGGACCCUCCGGAGGUGCCGCAGACGGCGUCCAGAGAGUUUAGGGAUUUUAUUGCUUCUUGUCUCCAGAGGGACCCUGCUAAGCGGUGGACCGCCGCGCAGUUGUUGCGCCAUCCUUUCAUCCUCCAGUACAGUUCUCCCAGCUCCUCCUUGGCUAGUGCUAGCUCCGCCAAUAAUCAAACCCAGGUGCUUCAUCAGACCCACCAAUUAUUGCCUCCUCCACGUCCGCAUUUUUCUUCUUCUUGAUUUUUCUUGCCAGCCCCUGGGAAGAAAAGAAAAGUUUUUUUUUUUUAAUUUUUCCCCCCCCCCCCCCGCUCUCUCUCUCUCUCUUUUAUUUGCGAGUUUCAUUGUGUAAGUUUAUUUUCAUGAAAUGGAGAAAAUUACUGUUGGCCGAUGUGAUGGAAUGGAUAGUGGAUGAUGUAUUUUAGGCAAAAAGAGAAGGAAUAGAAAUUUGGCGAAAUGGGCAAAGUUUUAAUUUGAAAGGUUGUGUUUAGCUUAUGGUUCAGUAUCAAUCAUUCAAAUUUGCCUUUUGAUGAUGUUUUGCCAUAAGGGGAAAAUCUUUACUUUCGAGAUUAGCUUGAGCUUGCUGCUGUUCUAGUUCUUCUCAUUUGAGUAAGCAAUUUGAUGAUCCAUUGUAUUCCAGCGCUGCUGGAUGGAUACUUUUGGUACAUGGCAUUUUGUGUGUCAAUUGUGAGCACGAAUGAUUGAUGUGUAAAGUGGCAAAUAAUUCUGUACCGGGAAUCUUAGCUUGAGAAAAGAAUGGCAAGGUUGAUUCCUGUAGUUUGAUAAUUGUAGCUGGAAAUUGGUAUAUUUUUAUCAGUUUGACUUAGAACAGUCAGUUUCAAGUCCUAUGUUGGGGCUAUGUUUGCAUGCAUAGCCCGGGAUUAGGUAGUGCAGAGCAUUGCUUGAGUUAGGUUUCAUUUGCCUUUUGAGAAUAUCUUGUAUGUGAAUGCGGAAGAACCUAUUACUUGGUGGUGGUGUAUCAAUUUCUCUUUUUAAGGGAGGACAAUUCCAAUAACGUGAAAAGUGAGACCUUUUUUUUUUGUUUCCCAGACACGUGCAAAUUAGCUUUCCAUUCCCCCCCCCCCCUUUUUUAGUUUCCUAGUGAGAUCAGUGCAUGUUCAUAAUGCCUUUCCUUUACUUCUUAUAGUUUUCAUUUAUUGGUGACACAAAUUUUGUCUUCAAUUGUUGUUGUUUUGUAAUUCAUGCACUGGGAAGCUGGAUUACUCUUUUGGGUUUGGCAAGACUGGCUUCUUAAAAGUAGUCAUUUUAGUUCAAUUACUUGGUACUACUAUACUAGCAUCUGCUGGGACAUUCUUAAAUUAGGAUUGCAAUAUGGAUCUUCAAAUCAAGGUUCUUCUUUUUCUUUCUUGCGUUUAAGGCUGUUCUACUUCUUCUGUUAUUUUUCUUCUGGGAGGGAAGGAGGAAGGUGGGUAUUUUUUUCGAUUUUUGAAUGGGGAGGGGGAGUUUCCAACAGUUUUCUGGUCUAGGGACCAGGAAAAGUCAUUUGGCCUUGGUUGGUGGGGAAUUGCUCAUAGAAACUAAAGUUGAACUGUUCUUCUGCCGUGAUAAGCAGUAGUAUAUGUUAUGAAAUUUUAGUGGGGAAUAGGGGAUCCCUUGUUUUAAGUUUAAUAAAAAAAAAAAAAAAAAAAAGAUUCUCUUUGGGCAUUAAUUAUGUAACGGGACAAAAUGAAAGGGGCAGGUAAAUGCCUAGCAGGUGAUUAAUGAAAGUUUUGAGAUUGCCGGAUUGUGUCCCUUGGAUGAAUGACCAAUUCAACGAGACCAAGACUGGAGGCAGGGCAGCGUCAGACGUCCAUGAGCAGAAUAAGAGGGUAAAACUCAUUGAUGGAGGUGCAGUGGCCCAACCAAUCAGAGAGAGAAAGCAUUCUAGCCUGCUGGGAGCCGGUUCUGGGUCAACGUCGACAAAGAUUCCUGCGUCAACAUUAUGUAAAAGUGACUUCUAAACAGUGGGAAAAAAUUUUCGGUCAAAUUUUUUAUCUACUA